AUGUCUUUGCUCGAAGUCAUCACCAAGGCUUCGGCCAAUCCCAAUCAACUCACCCUCGAAUCGAACUACCACGUCAUCCUGAACCCAGAUCCCAUUUUUCUCAACUUGAAGCCCAAAAACGAUGAAUCAAACGACACAUCACUCGUCAAACGCGUCGAGGGUUGGAAAAUUUGGCAAACCGAUUCUGAUAUCAUCGAUUUAGGGCAAAUAUUUUUCAAAAAAUUGAAGCGAAAUCUCAAAAACCCUAGCUCAUUCGGUAAGGAUGAUUUUAUUGGGAUCUUGAAUUCAUAUUUGGAGAAGAACAGCGAGAAAGUUGGAAUUUUUGUUGGGGUUGAUUCUUCUGAAGAGGGUUAUACCCGUAAAUUGAUCAAAAAGGUGGGGUUUUUGAUGAGUCGUCAAGUUAAGGGUCUGGUUUUGGAGGCUUGUACUGUAUUGGAGCUUUGGGAGUUGUUGGAAACCCUAAUAGUUUGUGGACUAGUUGAACGUUUGUGUUCUUCAAAUUUAGUUCAUAAUUUGAUCGAACAGAGGAGGUCGGAUUUGAUUUGUUUAUGUGUUAAGCAUCUUUCAGACCUUCAAACAUCGGAUGUAGUUUCAAUUUUGAAGUACUUUCUUUCACCGAGUAAAGGUGCAUAUAGUAGUAUGCUAAGUGUGAGGAAGGAAUGGGAGAGCCAAGCUUUAUUGGCUAUGGAAAAGGCGAUGGAUAAGAAACUUAGUGGGAAGAAACUGAACCUGGCAAAAGAGGCCUCGGUUCUGCUCAUGUUAGCGCACGAUGAGUUUUCAAAUCCUGAAUUGUGCUUGCAUUAUCUGCUCGCAUCUUCAAACCUUGAUGAGGUGAUUUUGUCUUCCUGUAUUAGCAAGUUGAAUGGUUCGGAGAUGAUGGGAUUGAUUCAGUACUUGGGAAAGUGGUUGAAGAAGUAUGAGAGAUUUCCUCAAGUGUGUCCGUGUCCUAAAGCGUCAUCUAUGUUGGGGUUGAAAGCUUGUGAAUGGGUCCCUACACUCGAAGACAUUGUGAAAUGUCUCGGGCUAGUGGUGGACGAGCAUUUCUCUUCGUUGGUGUUGCAUCCCGAGUUCCAUGAAGAGUUGAGGUCUAUAGAUGGACUUGUUAAUUCUUUAGCUCUGGAAGCUAGACUCUGUUGUUCCAUGGCAAAUCUAAUUGAAACUUUGAGAACUGAAGUUAGAGUUGUUUAUCAGAAUCCUGCUGCCACAAGUUCUGUUCUUGCUUAUCUUCACCUGAAGCCAUCUGGGUGA